GUUUUAUUAUCGUAGGUACACCGUGGUCUUAAAACUACGCUUUAAGUACGACAUCCCGGACAACAUCCAGGACAACAUCAACACACGCCUAUCACGCCGGGCCAUCGCGCUGAUUUGACCGAGAGUGCUACGCUGGUAAUACCGGUAUCAUCAUGGCAGCCAGCUUCUCAGUGGUCGAUUACGUGAUAUUUUCGCUGGUGUUAGCGAUCUCCGCUUGCAUCGGUCUCUUUCACGCAUUUACAGGAGGACGACAGAAAACUACUUCCGAAUUUCUGAUGGCCGACAGAAAAAUGCGUUUCUUCCCCGUGGGACUGUCUUUAUUGGCGAGUUUUAUGUCGGCUGUGGCGUUGUUGGGGACAUCGGCGGAAAUCUACACUUUCGGUACCAUGUUUUGGGUGAUUGGGCUCUCUUAUUUUAUUAUGAUCCCAAUAUCUGCACAUCUGUUUUUACCUGUGUUCUAUCGACUGCGUAUCACGAGUGUAUACGAGUAUCUCCAGCUUCGCUUUUCGAUGACCGCUCGUCUUAUAGGGUGCUUUGCAUAUAUCGCUUACAUGAUUAUGUACAUGGCUGUUGUGAUGUACGCACCGGCACUAGCAUUGAAUGCAGUUACUGGGCUGAACAUUUGGACAUCCGUGUUGACUAUUGGAAUUGUGUGUAGUUUUUACACAUCACUGGGUGGAAUGAAAGCUGUAAUCUGGACUGAUGUGUUUCAGAUUUCUAUUAUGUUUGCUGGUUUAUUGGCAGUAAUAAUCCAAGGCAGCAUACAGCUUGGCGGUUUUAGUGAAAUAUGGCAAAUUAACAAACAGGGAGGCAGAAUUGAGUUUUUCAAUUUUGACCCUGAUCCUACAAUUCGCCAUACUUUCUGGUCUUUGACUAUAGGGGGUUCUAUCACAUGGCUUGGCAAUUAUGGAUGCAAUCAGCUGUCCAUCCAAAGGUAUCUGAGUUGUCCUACAGAAAAAGACGCAAAGCUUGCAUUGUAUUUGAAUCUGCCAGGUUUGCUGUCAAUUGUGAGCUUAAUAAUAAUGUGCGGAUUAGUUUUGUUUGCUGCAUAUGCCGGGUGUGAUCCGGUCAAAUCAGGACACAUCUCACGAGCCGACCAAUUGCUAGCAUAUUAUGUUAUAGAGGAGUUAUCGUUUCUCCCUGGUAUGGCAGGACUUUUUAUAGCUGCAUUGUUUAGCGGCGCUUUAAGCACCCUUUCCUCAGGUUUAAAUUGUUUAGCUGCGGUAACAUUGACAGAUAUUGUAAAACCUGUAAUAAAGAAUUUACCAGAAGAAAAAUUAGCAAUUAUAACACGAAUUAUUGCAUGCUCCUUUGGAGGUAUAUCAAUUUUGAUGGCAUUUGCUGCAUCACACAUGGGACCAAUAUUACCAUUAGCAAUCGGAUUAUUGGGCAUGAUAGGGGGUCCACUACUUGGACUGUUCACAUUGGGGAUAUUCUUUCCAUGGACCAACAACAAGGUUAGUUUUGGUGUGAUAUGUGGGUAUGCGAUGUCACUGUGGAUUGGUAUUGGGGCAUACUUCUAUAGACCACAUAUCAUCACAUUACCGACAUCAAUCGAGAAUUGUACAGUUGACAUGGUUACAUCUAACAGUAGUGAUAUAUUCCAUAAUAUAUCAACAUCAUUCAACUACAGUGUAUUAUACGAUAUAACUACCAAUAUGACGUCAAUGAAUAGUAGUUACGUCAAUACUAAUGAGCUAUCAUCAUCAAUAGAGUUAAUAAGGCCGAUUAUUGCCAACUUGUAUAGUAUAUCAUACCUUUGGUACAGCGCCACUUCUUCAUCCGUAACCAUAGUGACUGGUCUAAUAGUUAGUUUUAUAACAGGUUAUACCGCACCAGGUGACGUUGAUCCUCGCCUUUUGUGUCCAAUAUAUGAUGAUCUCCAACGUUGUAUGCCAGACAGUUGGCGUACAAAAAUAUGCUGUGGUGGGAAAUACAGUGAUAAAGAAAUUGUAGAGAAUGGUGUUCCUGAUAAGGAAACGAAAAACGAAUUAAUGAAAAAAGAUGAAACUGCUGUUUGACAAGAAAUACGACUCGCUAUCCUGUUUGAAUGAAUUGGCUUGUUAUACAUGCCGAACUCUGUA